CAAAAACUUAAUAUUAUUCUUAGCCGCUAUUCUGACUUCCACCAUAGUUUCCGUGAAUGUGUGGAAAUAUGUUUACAACCAGUUUAAUCCUGAUUGUUUUAUUUUCUCUUCAUGAACCCUGUUCAUCAAGAGACUUCCACUGGGCUAACGAAACAUUUCUUAAAAUUGUGGACAAAAUGCAAGAAGACGGAUAUUUUACUUCAAACCGUGUAAGGGACGCCUUGAAGUUCACCGAUCCGUGGUUUUUCGUAAAAGAUGACCCCUACGCAAUGAGAGAACACAACAUCGGAUAUGGGGCCAAAAUGGGAGCUCCUACUACGAAUGCACGUGUUCUGGAGGCAUUACAAGCCUACCUUAAAAUUGGUUCACACGCUUUAGAUAUUGAAACAAGCGGUGGUUAUCUAGCAGCUUGUAUGUCGCUUAUGGUUAGCUCUAAGGGUACCAUUGUGGCCACUAGCAGCGUAAAACAACUGACAGAACUGUCUGAGUCAAAUGUUGAACGUUGGCUGAAUAAUAGUGGGAUGCCCAUCUUAGGGGGUAAAAACGCUGGUAUCUUCUUUACAACUGGCGAUCCUCUUACCUUAGUAAAAGUCCAUAAUUCAUAUGCCGCUAUUUAUCUUCGUACUAUUGAUCAACGCACUAUUGAUUAUUACAAACCAUUGUUAAGUGUGGGUGGACGUAUGGCUGCUACGCAUACAUACGCAGAUGGGAAAAUAAAGCUAGUGGCGGUAGAUCGUCAGGAAACAGGUUUAUUCAAGCAAACCGUAUUGGUGGACGAAAAGCAUCCUGAUAAAGUAAUAACGCCAUUUCCACCUUCAAUACCAAGCGACCUCGAACCUGGCUUAUUUGAUCCCGACUACAUUGGAUACACGUCAAUACAAGUUAGACAUAUUCCAGAUAAAAGCGUCUCACUUUUACUCUGCAUUACCAUCAUUCUACUCAUGUCAUUCUUUUGACCGUAGAGUAUAUAUACACCACUUU